AUGCAGCAGGAUGAACUCCAGGGACUGCCCCCGUUCGGCAGUGAGAAGACAUAUAAUGCCAGCGUGGGGUUUGAUAAGGAAACCGACACCGGUAGCUCCUCUCAAUCCGAGGUUUGUAUCGGCGUCACAGGUUCUACUCAGCAGUGUACAACUAUGCAGAAGCCCAUCAAUUUUUCAGCAUUAUUAACUAGCUUUAUUUGUGGGCCUUAUCUUGAUGCCACGCCUUCUCCCCAACUCAGAAUCAAUCGUACCUGGCGGAGCAUUCUUAGGAAUUGCUUUUUCUCCCUCGUCUUUACCUGUACUUUGAUUGUGUUGGUAUUGGUGUUACAAGCAUACAAGUGGGACUGGCAUGGGGAAGCACAAGCCCCUCUUCUGUCCCUGCCCGUACAGACAAGUUGGCGUUUACUGGUUCGCCCUACUGUGACCUGUGCACGCGAACCCCCGUUUGCUGCAUUGGUGAUCCUGAGUAGUGCACGGGACUUCUCAAGGAGAAAGCUGGUGAGGGAAACCUGGGGAGGGGAGUCUCAGGUUCAUUCCCGGCAUGUGCGCCUCUUUUUCAUCCUAGGGGCUGCGCACUCCCGCAAAGCCCAGGCGGCGGUAGAGGCGGAGGCAAGACAGUACGGAGACAUACUACAGCACUCAGCCCCAGACAAGUACAACAAUCUAGCGGCAAAAACAGCCACAGCUAUUCAGUGGCUAGCUACUUCAUGCCCUCAGGCCAAGUUCAUGAUUAAGUCAGACCUAGACACUCUCGUUAAUUUGGAUCUCAUGAUUGCUUAUCUAAAGCAAAUGGAAGGAAAGGGGGACCUGGCCCUUGGAGUGCGGAUUGGCGGGAUGCCUCUAGUGGAGCAUCGGAGCAGUAGAAACUACCAAGACCCCCUUGUGUACCCCCGUAGUACGUUUCCUCCCUACCUAUCCGGUGCCUGCUAUGUCUUGUCCGGCAGUUUGGUGCAGAAGCUUCAGAACGUCCUACGGGAAGUCCCUGUGGUGCGGAAUGAGGACACUUUUAUUGGCAUGUGCCUUGAGAAGUUGGGGAUACAGCCCAGCAACAUAGGGUCACAGGCCCCCAUUGAACCCUGGUUUGAUGCCUCCAGGGGCCCCUGUGCCGCAUUUCGCCUUGCAGCUGUCCAUCCAUUAAGACCGGACCUUAUGCACGCCAUGUGGACGUGGUGGAAGAAAGAGGGAGCCAAGUUUUGUCGCUAA